UCCUUCGCACGUCUUCGUCUCCUUGACAGCGGAAUGAUCCGUUCUGUGCCUCAGUGCUCUGUAAACAUGGUUAUCUUGCAUAACGUGUUUUGACUUUGUGUCGUGUACCGCUACAUGUAGCUGAGUGUGGCUGGUUAGAGUUAGGUUAGCACAGUACAGUCGGAAAUUGUACUGUAUAGAACUAGAGUGUUUUGAUUGUGUUGUACGUGCAAACGUUUUUUUAAGAGUGUUACAGAAAUGCUAUCGCGGUGGUAUGGUGGAUAUGGCUGUUCAUUCUCUUACGUCGAUUGCUGCUGUAUUGUCAGUACACGUGGCGCUGACUUCUGCAUCCUCUGCACCCUCUUCACCCUCUGAAUGAUAACGGCUAUGGAUACAGGCGAUCCGCCGGCGGAAAGGUCCCGACUAAAUGUGGGCUCAGGGGAUCCUCAACAAGGUGGCUUAAUCGGAAGACAUCUCUCCAAGUCCGCUUCAGAUUUAAGUACAUCCCAACGCGAUGACCAUGACAAGGUCGGUGAACGGUCAGCGUUGGCUCAGACCUCGACAACACAAGCUCAUUCCACAUCCAACGUACCCCAAGUCACGCACAAGGCGCAUCACAGUUUCUUCAGCACACUCAAGAUCCGAUGGGCCGCACGCACUGGGAGUAGGAGCAAGGAAAGGCGAGCGUGGCGUAAAGACAACCAGGAGGCGCAGGGUCAGGACUGUGUGGACCAUCAGACUCUGCAGGGGGAGCCGCGCCUCCGGAGGGACAGCACCACGGACUACGCCGCAGACAAUUCGUCGGAGCACAGUAGCACAGCCACACCGCUCACACAGUCCCCCCGACACAGAGUUCUCAACGUACAACACGAUUGUUCUCCAGUCCGUCGACCGCCGUCCGCCGCCGAAAUGGCAUCCGGGGAUUCCCCGAAACUCCAAAUCAGAACCAUGGUCAGUGGAGACCCCGCUAGCAGGACAGCAGCUGCCACACAUUUUACUACCACAACGACCACCGCUCCACAGGAACUUGCUAUGCCUGCUGUUGUCGACGAGAUGACCCGGAAACGGGAGUCGUCACUGCGUCAACAUUCGUUCUUUGAGCUGCGCGUUCAUCUCCGACGCGGCGUCAACCUGGUGGCCAGGGACAAGGGCGGUACAAGCGACCCAUACGUAAAAUUCAAAGUGGGCGGUCAGCUGCUGUACAAGUCUAAGACCAUCUACAGGGACCUGAAUCCAAUAUGGGAUGAAAGUUUUACGUUACCCAUUGAAGACCCUUUCAUGCCAGUCCAUAUUAAGGUGUUUGAUUACGACUGGGUGCUGCAGGACGACUUCAUGGGCUCCGCUUUCCUGGACCUCACCAAGUUGGAGCUUGGCAAAUCUUCCGAUAUAACUCUGACCCUGUGUGAUCCCGCAAAGUCUGAAUACCUUGGGGAAAUUCAUCUCUCGGCGACCCUCUGGCCACGCUCUCAGGAAGACAAAGAUCAGACAACCAAUAUUAAUUUGAGGAAACAGUAUUUCCAACGCAAUACAAAACUAUGUGAUGUAAACCGGAGACUGAAGAGUCAGAUAUGGAGUUCGGUAGUCACCAUUGUGCUAGUGGAAGGAAAGAACCUGCUUCCUAUGGACAUCGAUGGUUUCAGUGAUCCAUAUGCCAAGUUUAGAUUGGGAAAUGAAAAGUACAAGAGUAAGGUUGUAUAUAAGAGUUUGAGUCCCAGCUGGCUGGAACAGUUUGACUUGCACCUGUAUGAUGAUCAGUCACAAGAGUUGGAAGUUACGAUUUGGGACAAAGAUAGGUCCAGAGAUGAUUUUAUGGGCAGAUGCAUUAUUGAUUUAUCUCAUCUGGAACGAGAGAAGACUCAUAGAAUAUGGCAAGACCUGGAAGAAGGAGCAGGCUCCAUCUUUCUGUUGCUUACUAUCAGCGGCACCACAGCGUCAGAGACAAUUUCUGACUUGACAACUUAUGAGGAGAAUGUUCGUGAACGUGAAAUAUUAGAGAAACGUUAUGCCUUCCUUCAUACUCUCCAUAACCUUCGGGAUGUUGGUCACCUGACUGUGAAGGUGUUCCGAGCACAAGGACUAGCAGCAGCUGAUCUGGGGGGCAAGUCGGAUCCCUUCUGUGUAUUGGAACUGGUGAAUGCUCGCCUUCAGACCCAAACAGAAUACAAGACCCUAACACCAUCAUGGCAGAAGAUAUUCACAUUCAAUGUGAAGGAUAUCAACUCAGUUCUUGAGGUGACAGUGUAUGAUGAAGAUAGAGAUCACAAAGUGGAGUUCCUAGGAAAAGUGGCUAUUCCGUUGUUGAGGAUUCGUAAUGGUGAAAAGAAGUGGUACUCCCUCAAAGAUAAGAAGCUGCAUGGCAGGGCAAAAGGCAAUUGUCCACAGAUACUGCUGGAAAUGACUGUGCUUUGGAAUCCUAUUCGUGCCUCCAUAAGGACAUUGAAUCCAAAAGAGGAGAAAUAUAUGCAAACUGAAGUGAAGUUUAAACGCCAAGUGUUUGUAAGGAAUGUACUGAGGCUAAAAGCUAUUAUUAUGUUUUUUAUUGAUCUUGGAAAGUUUAUUCAGAGUUGCUUUGAAUGGGAGUCCACACCUCGCAGUAUCGUAGCAUUUGUGAUGUUCAUAGUGCUGUGCUACUACUUUGAGCCAUACAUGAUACCAAUAGCACUGCUCCUUGUCUUCCUCAAAUACUAUGUAGUGCAUGUUUUAUACAAGGAUAGCAUUUCCAACAUUAUUCACCAUCUUAUUUUCAAUCUAAACAGUAAAUGGAAAGUUGGAAAGGUUUUAUCUCUGACUGGUGGCUGGAGUGUUCAUGAUGAAGAAGAGGAACCCCUUGGGGAUGAAGAUGAUGAUGAGGAGGAUAAGGAUAAGGAAGAAAAAAAGAGUUUAAAGGAACGCCUUCAAGCCAUACAGGAAGUGACACAAAGUGUUCAAAAUUCAAUUGGUUAUAUUGCCUCUCUUGGAGAAAGUAUUAAAAACACAUUCAACUUUACAGUGCCGUACCUCAGUGCUCUGGCAAUUCUCUUGCUGUUAGCUGGAGCUGUAGUUCUCUAUCUCGUGUCUGUCCGUUACCUCAUUAUGGCAUGGGGAGUGAACAAGUUUGCUCGCAAACUUGUUCGUCCACACACUGUCCCCAAUAAUGAAGUACUGGAUCUCCUCUCCAGGGUACCAGAUGAUGAAGAUUUGUUAGCCUUCAGAGAACUGAAGCCUCACCCAACAACAGAUGUUGAUCGGAAACGGGAUCAGAAGAAAAAGCACAAAAUGUCCUAGUGAAGGUGGACAUAAUUUACCAGAGUUGUUCCCAGAUAGUUGAUGAACAGUUGAGAUGCUAAAAGCUGUCUGCAAGAAGCACAGUGGUUCAGUACUUUGUGGCUCAUGACAUUGAUGCAGCAGUCAGUUAAGGACAAUACAUACUUCCUUCUAGUCAUCAAGUGAGUAAUGAUUGUGGUUCCUGACGUAAACACGUUGGAGCAAUGGAGUAGUUGAGUUCUUCAUUUUAUAUGGUAUACAUUUAAGUAAAAGUACACCAAAGCCCUGUUACACAUGUUGUCUUUUUUAGAUGAGAAUGGAGAAAAGCAUAUUCUUUUAAAACUGCAGUAAUGUGUAAAUAUAUGACUACAUGAUCUCUAUAUUACAAAGAAUGAAGUCUGUUGUACAGUAAACAGGAGCCCCAUGCUUACUAUUAUUUUGCUGGAUGACUUUGUUCAUUUCCAUACUUCCAUUUCCAGAACUUAAUACGUAUAUGUAUGAAAAUCACUGUUAUUCUACUUUGAUUCUACAAGUGUAUUUUUACCUUUUAUCUCUUCAUAUAUGUACUUGGUGGUGCUUAGUGGUAUUUUGUACACUUGUUCAUUUAUAUUUUGGGUCUUCUUGUUGAUCAGAAUUAUUCUUCCUGUCUUGUGAUGUGACUAUAAUCUCUCCCCCUGGUAAUGGAUUUAAUCAUGGUUUUGUGCAUAUUUUAUCAAAAUUUUCUCAUAUUAAUGAAGCCACAUGACUUUGAUAAUAUUAUAAUAAUUCGUGUAUCCAAAAUCUAAUGUACACAAUUUUGCACAAAAUACAUUCUUUGCAGUAAGAAUGUGUGGAUAUGUAUUUAAGCAAUUGAAGAGCAAAGCAGUCAACACCAUCUCUCUCAUAUUGUUAAACAUUCAGAGAAUUUUGCUGUUUGUAAUUAUUAUGUGUCUUCCUAUUUCAUCAGUGUUCAUUUAGCUGAAGUUCCCAUGAAUAACUUAAUGUGUGUACAUUUGUGCGUGUGUUGUCCUAAAGCUCCUACAUUCAAAGCCUAUUUAUAUAGAUUACAUUUUUGCUGCAGUUUUCUUAAGUUACUCCAAAUGAAUAGGAUGUGAGGAAGGUUUGAAGCUGGAAUGGAGGCAGACAUAGGACACUGGAGGAUAAAGCAAGCAAAUGUAUUUGUAAAUGUUCAUCAAAGUGUCAGUAUACUAUAACAUGGCAUAAGUUUUGCAUUUGUGUAUAGUGGCUUUUUAACUUUUAAAGUGUUCAAACUGCAGGUGUGGAAGGUGUUGCUUUUACCAAUUUUGGAUGAAGUCUUACUGACGUUUUUACAUUAAAAAAGUAAAUUUUUUGGAGUAUUCAUCUUGUCACAGGGAUUUGCUCAGGAACUUCUUGCAUUUAAAAGUAUUUAGAUAUUGGAACAUCCUAAUAAAUGCACAGUUUAUGAAAAUGUUAUGAUUCUGUAUGACUCUUAAUGUAUGACAGUGUUAGACUUGUAUCAUGUUCCACAACUUCUUUUUAGAAGUCUUGAGUUUAAUAUGUAUUUUCUUCUUCAGUGAUUUUAAAUUAUGCACUAAAUUGAGCACUGCUUCUUAGUAGGAAUGUGAAUGACUCAGUGAAUGUAGUUGGUAUAUAUUGUUCUUAGAAAACCAUGGAGUUCAAGAGUUUGAAACGGUUCAUGUAAAAUAAUGAAAAGUAAAUGUAUCUAAUUCAUAAUAUUCAGACACUGUUAGAGUGGGUCUUUAGGUAUUGUAGAGAUAGGCUUAUUUUCAUUUAUUCCAUUUAGUCCACCAUUAUCUCAUUGUUACCAACAUCAUCAGUGCUUGCUGACAUCAGUGAUAUUAUUACACACUCUUCACGCCAGUUUAUUUUGAAGUUACAUAAAACUUACAUUGAUAUUAUCACAAGUCCCUGUGUUAUGGAAGGGAUGGGCUCUUGAAGAUGUAUAUCACCAAAUUCUGUAAUGUCAAACCUGUUUCUCAAUUGACUCACAUGUGGUGAGUGGAGAUGUGUUCCUUUGGAGAUUUUUUCAGUCCAUAGCUAUAAUAAAAACAUGCAUUUUUACCCAUCAGAAAUAAUAAUAGGUACACAAAAUAAAUAUAAACAUUUGAGCUUUAUUUACCAAAGGUUUUGAUAGGUUAUAUUGAGGGAGUUGGAGGCUUAGGACUGUUACUUGUACUCACAUCUGCCUCAUCAUGAUAAUCAGCAUCUCCUUCUACCUCAGUUCUAAUAACAAACAAACAAACAAACAAUAAAAAACGAAAAGACUUCUCCUUAUAUGGCCAUUUGUAGCAGUUCAUGGCACCAUGUAGUGCUUUUGCAAUUUUCAGGCUACAUUCAUUUUGUUCAUUGCAGCACUGACAUGUGUGCUUAUGACAGUUGCCAGCUUCAUAUCCUGCUAUGUCACUAAUGCAUGCACAUAGGCAAUCUGAAUUUUGUAACAAAUAAUCAUGUUUCAAAAAAUAAUUUGGGCCGAAUUUAUUGUUGUUUUACAUUUUGUGUUAAAAAAUUCAGUAUUUGUCCCAAAUUUCCAUAAGGGUAGAAUUUAUUAACCAAAAUGUCCAUAAAGCAUUAGCAUGUUGUAUAGUGUUUUCUGUGCCUGCCUUUCUCAGAACUUCACUUCAGAUCGUUUAUAGCAUUAAGCGGCUAACAAAGCUGAAAUUUGUGAUGAUGGUGUAUUAAUACAGUUACUGAGUUUUUGUACAUUAUCCAUUGUCAUGCGUUUUAUUUAAAAACAACGUUUUUGGAGAUUGGAUUCUGUCUCCAUCCUCAGGAAAAAGCCUACUCGGUUUGGCCCAGUCGAUAAAGCUGAUCCCUAUCUCUGAUCACCAGCACCAAUACAAGACAGGAUGUGCAAACCAAACACAACAUAAACCACCAGCCUUGCAGCUAUGGCCAUGCAUAAUUUAAUGACCAUUGUCUGUAACAUCAGAGUACUAUCAAAAUAGAAGCCAGCACUUAAAGAGACAAAUUCUGUGUAGUGCCAACAUAAAAGCACAACUUUUCCACAUAAUAUACACUGGACAGGGUUGUAAUUUUCUAACUUCUUCUGCAGUAAUUGUAGUCCAUAUGAUAGAGAUGUCCAAGCCGGGUUGAUUGAUCACAUGAUCUGCCAGAGAGACGUGGGCGGAUUCCUUGUGUUUCCUGUAGGUGGUGUUCAGGUUAGUCUGCAGGACCUUCACUUUUUUCCAACAUAUUUUAUGGCCUUCUUCAUGUAGAUGUUGGGGUAAUGUUGAUUUUUUAAGGAGACCUUGGGUCAGAUUAUAUUUUGUUCCUUAAUGUGUAUGUCUGAAGAUCUGCUUGUUUUGCUGAUGUAACAUCUACCACAAUCAACAUGGGAUACCAUACACACACUGCUUCGUCUUCUGGGCAUCUAUCACUGGUCCAGUUUUCAUCAGUGUCCAAAGGAGUGUGUGUUUCAUUUUUAAAAUGGUCCUGACAUUGAAAUGAUUCCCAGUAUAUCUGAAUUUCUCUUAAAUACUCCUAACAUAAGGAAUAAUGACUGUGCCAUGAUAUAUUAUGUCUGAAAAAGGACGGUUGCUUCUCGCUGCCUUCUUAAGGAGUCAAUGAAUUGUUGUAUUACAGCCUUCUGAUCCUGACAUAUGACCUUGGCUGUACUGAUCAAGCUAUGAAUGACUCCUCUUUUAUGUGGUAUGGGUGUUGGACUUGAAAUGUAGACAAUGGCCUGUAUGAGUAGGUUUUCUGUAUACUUUUAUAGCUAAUUUAGAACCCCUCUUAAUGACCAAGGCGUCCAAGAAAGGAAGAGUAUCAUAAACUUCCACUUCCAUUGUGAAUUUGAUGGUAUGUCUAAGGCUGUUGAGGUGCUGAAGAAAUUGCUGCAAUCUUACAGGUCCACUCCCAUUGAUGGUUUAUGUUGUUUUU